GGCGCUUAUUGUUUUACUGAUUGCGUUUUCCUUUUAUUUUAAGACAAUUGUUUCAUGCCACUCGGAAUGCAAGAUGGUCGCAUUACCAAAUCCCGCCUCCGUGCAUCGUCCAUGUACAACAAGUACUACGGACCUUACAACGCGCGAUUGCAGGCGCGAAACUAUGGUUCCACGCGCGGGGGCUGGAUAGCACGAAUAAGGAACACUCAACAGUGGAUACAGGUGGACUUGGAGAAAGUUGCUACCCUCAAGGGUGUGGCUACACAGGGGCGAUUUGACGCAAAUCAAUACGUGAAGUCUUACAUUGUCACCUACAGCCGAAACGGAAGGCGGUUCGUUCCUUACAGAGAAGGACGUCGAACAAGGCUUUUUAGUGCCAACAGUGACAGAUACCACGUUGUUACACGUCGCUUUAUAAAACCGUUCAAGGCCCGCUUUGUGAGACUUCAUCCAAAAUCCUGGUACAGUUACAUAUCGUUGAGAAUGGAGCUGUAUGGUUGCAGGCACGGCCCUUUGUGUAACCAGCCAAUGGGAAUGCAGAGUGGACGGAUUGGGAAUAAGAGAAUCACUGCCUCAUCUAUUUGGGGUCGAUACUAUGCUGCCUUUCGCGCCAGGUUACAUCAUUCUAAACGUGGGCGUUACGUUGGAUCCUGGUGUGCAAAAACAAACAACCGACACCAAUGGCUUCAGGUAACAAAAAACUCUGACCAUAAAGUGAAUGAAACGUAAACCAGCUUUGUUGAGACCAGGUUGCACUUAUUCAUUCUUAUAGUAAAGUUCUUAUUGUUACUGGUAUAAAUUUACGAACGUCCUAUCGUGAAUGCCGUUCUCUUAUGGAGUGUAUGCACAUGACGUCAUGGCAGCCAUAUUAGGGAGCUCAAGCACGCGCGUUUUUGAGACGCGUACGGCAACCGGAAGAGAAGAUUUCGCAUGCUAGGACCGUAUUGUCUCCCAGAUUUUUUAUACUACUCAUCUCUAAUGAAGAAAAGAUACUUAGCAAUGUGAAUAUGGUUGUGUGAGGACAAGUCAAAAGUGAAGGUAGCUCACUUCCGGCUACAGUCCGCGUCUCAAAAACGUGCGUGCUUGAGUUCCCUACUGGUGUUCCAAAACAAUGAAACGGUGGCCAUGUUGAUGUACCAAACCA